AUGUCUCCGAAAGUCACAAUAACACACCUAUCCGAUCUAACACCCCCGUCCCAAGAACGAACCUGGCUGACAGCCCCGCACCCAACCCUUCCAAUAGUCGCAACAUGCAGUUCAGACAAGACCAUCCGAGUCUAUUCCCUCACAAACUUUACUCUCCUCUCCACAAUUACGGGUGGCCACAAGCGCUCUGUGCGCACAGCAGCAUGGAAGCCACACAUAACGGGGGAGUCCGUCCUCGCGACAGGCAGCUUCGACGCAACGGUCGGCAUCUGGCGGCGACCCCAACCGGUACUUUGA